ACACACAGAGAGAGAGAGAGAGAGAGAGAGAGAGAGAGAGAGAGAGGGAGGGGGACCGAACUUUGUCACGCUGCGGCUGCACCGACGCAUCACCUCCGGUCACACCGGGACGAAGAGGACGCGCUUCCCCCGCGACGGAUAUCGUGACGUUUGCUCCCGGCCUCUCCCUCUCGACCGUUUCCCACUGUGUGAAGAAAAGUGAAAAGGAGCAUUAAUGCAUCAGUAUUCGCUGGCCGACGCCAUGACGGAGAAAGGAAACUUCACAGUUCCGAAGCCGUCAGAGUCUAAUAUGGCGUUUGGCGUGCUGGGAGUGUUUCUGGGGCUGCUCCUCGAGGUCUCCACUCACGGGCCCCACGCCGUGCCUCGGACCUCCUGGAGACACCAAGAUUUAGAUCUGAUGGAGUUUUCGGAGCCGGAGAUCUUCAACUACUCCACACUGUUGCUGAGUGAGAAGAGAGACGCGCUGUAUGUGGGAGCCAGGGAGGCCAUCUUUGAGCUCAGCAAGAAGAACGUGACCGUCCGACACAACAAGGUUCAAUGGACAGUUGCGGAAAACCCCAUGCUGAUGUGCACGCAAAAAGGAAAAUCAAAAGAGAGAGAUUGCCUGAACUACAUAAGAGUCCUCCAAGUCGUGGACGAUGAGCGACUGUAUGUCUGCGGCACGCACGCCUUUCAACCUCAGUGCGACUACUUGAAGCUCGCUGACUUUUCGCUGGGCGGUCGGCCUGAAGACGGCCGGGGGAAGUGCUCCUUCGACCCGUCACUAAGCUUCACUUCGGUCAUGGUCGAUGGAGAACUGUACUCGGGGACGUCUUACAACUUCUUAGGCAGUGAACCCAUUAUUUCCAGAUACUCUCCAUCCCAGUCCCUGCUGAGGACCGAGUACUCCACCUCAUGGCUCAACGAGCCCAGUUUUGUUUUUGCGGACGUGAUCGGUGACGGGGGAAACCGAGUAGAUGGCGAGGACGAUAAGAUCUACUACUUCUUCACCGAGGUGUCAGUGGAGUACGAAUUCUUUGGCAAGCUGCUCAUCCCCCGGGUGGCGCGCGUCUGUAAGGGUGACCUCGGGGGGCAGCGCACCCUGCAGAAGAAGUGGACGUCCUUCCUGAAAGCCAAGCUGGUGUGCUCCAUGCCUGAGCUCAACUUUGUUUUCAACGUGGUGCACGAUGUCUUCAUCCUGAAGGGGGCAGAGCGGAGGGACACCGUCAUCUACGGGGUCUUCACCUCCCAGUGGGGUAACGUGGGCUUGUCGGCAGUGUGCGCUUACAACAUGGCAGCUGUGGAAGAAGUCUUCUCCAAGGGCAAGUACAUGCAGAAGGCCACGGUGGAGCAGUCCCACACCAAGUGGGUCCGGUACAACGGCAUCACUCCGUCCCCUCGUCCCGGAGCAUGUAUUAACAACCUGAUGCGAGACCAGAACAUCAGCAGCUCGCUCCACCUGCCAGACAAGACCCUCCAGUUUGUCAAGGACCACCCGCUGCUGGAGGACCCCGUCCUGCCCAUCGGCAACGGGCCUCGCCUCAUCACCAAGGACGUCAACUACACUCAGAUAGUUGUGGAGAGGGUCCGAGCGCUCGACGGGAACAUUUAUGAUGUCAUCUUCACUGGAACAGAUAAGGGAGUCCUGCACAAGUCAAUGGUGUAUGAAGGAGAAGUGCACAUUAUGGAAGAGAUCCAGCUCCUGAAGAACUCAGAGUCCAUCAAGACCCUGCUGCUGUCCACGGAGACGCGGUCCCUGUACGCCGGUUCAGACUCGGGUGUAGUCCAGUCCCCCACAGCCUUCUGUGGCCGUUAUGCGUCCUGCGAUGACUGCGUCCUGGCUCGGGACCCGUACUGUGCUUGGGACCCUCAAAAUGCUGCCUGUGUCAAUAUCUUUGAAGCUCCCAGCCAAACUCUCAGGAAGUCAAUCCAGAGCCUGAACGGUGACGCAGACAAGUGCCCGUCAGCAUCAAGUCUGUCUCUGAAAGACUACCGGCGUGUGACGGUGAAACCAGGCAGCUCCGCCGAGCUGCCGUGCCUGGGCCACUCCAACUUGGCGCAGGUGAUGUGGAAGUCCAACGGCUCGGCCCUCACCGAGGCCUCCCGCUUCCACCUCAUCGCCGAAAACGGCCUCCUCAUUUACAGCGUGGCUCCGGAGGAUCAAGGUCGCUACGAGUGCUGGUCGGUGGAAUGGGCCCCGGCCGCCGGGAAGAACUUCAGCCGCCUCCUGGCCGCAUACGUCCUCGCUCUGGAUCUCCCGCCCGCGACUCCAGGCCGGGCAGCCGUCGUCGCCGCCGCCGCCGAGGGUGGAAAGGAGAGGCCGAGGGUGCGCGCGUCCAAAGGUAACGGUGAGACAGGCGGAGCCCUACUAACGCCGGCCUCCGCCCCUCCCAGCUUCACAGCCGCGGUCCAACUCACCUCCCCGCCCCAAACUGACGCGUCACUAACACCGCCGUCCAGCGGCACGAUCAAGGCCCCGCCGAAGCAGCCACCUCCCCCGAGCUCCGACGCCCCGCGGACGGAGAGCAGCGACCCGGCGGCCGAGUACUUGCAGCACAACAACAGCACCGCCCUGCUCUUCCUCUUCCUGCUGUUCUUCCUCCUCUUCCUGGCCGCGCUGGCGUACAACUGCUACAUGCAGUACCUUCCGGCGCCCUGCCUGCGGCUGCGCGCCGCCCUGCUGGGCAGCCACAAGAGCGCCAAUCAGGCCACCUACUCGGCGUGCGAGGCCGGUCUGAUGGAAUCCGCCGCGGCCGAUAAAAUCCACGCGACGGGGCCGCCGUCGCAGAACGGCGGGCAGGCAGCUCAAAGCCUCCGGGCGCUCCGGGACACCGGCUACGAGACGGAGCCCGAGUGCGGCAACGGGCGGAUCCCGUCCCGCGCGUCCGGCGGCGACAGCCCGUCGCAGGAGAAGCCCUUCGACAUCGACUGUGAAUCUCAGCCCAUCCAGUUCGCGGACGCGGAUGAGCCCCCCAGCUGCUAGCCGGAAGCUUCUUCUUACGCUUCCCUCAGUGCUCAGAGACUGUUAAUGGGGAAAAGGGGGGAGAGGGGGGAGAAGGGGGGAGGUGGGUUGGUACUCUCUUGCCGCAUCCUUCCACGGCUCACCUGUGUUUUCCUCCAUACGAAGGUAUACAGCGCCACGUGAGGUGUGAUGGUCACCGGGUGUUCUGCCUGCCGGUAGAGAUUUCACUCCUGUCUAUUCUGGGGUUUAUGAUGAUAAAAGCUAAAAAAAAUAAUUCACUGGAGCUGCACCGUCACAGCGUAGUCCAGCAAGAAAAGCUAUUCCUUAAAUUCCAAAUUGGAAACAUUGUUUACCAAAUUGGUAAGUUACCUUGAUGUUUUCCAAAUUGGAGUCUUUUGUACAGCCGGGGAGGAAAAUAGUCUCUUGAAGUAUUCGCAUCUCUUUUCUUUUCUUUUUUUUUUUUGGAGCGACAUUUAGACUAAUGGACUCUGGUCAAUGCUUCAACAUUCCAGUGAUUUCUCAGGGAAGAUUUGUUUAUUGUUCACCUGGUACGUCGGCCUCUCUCUCACCCAGUGAAGCGCCAUCGUCGGGUUUGAAGGUCCGAGGGAGAGAGAAGAAGAAAAGGUCGAGUGGACGCGCGACGACUGGCAUGAUAGAAUAAUGCUUGAAAAAAGAAUCAAACCACUGUCUUGUGUCGAGUUGUCUUGGAGGGACGUUUACUUCUCCUGUAUUUUUAUUUUUUUUAAUCGACAUUCCUACAACUCCGAUGGGCCUUUUUUCUAUUAACCUCUACUCAUUUUUGCUUGUGGUCUGUUGAUAACAUGAAUAUGUUCUACAUGACGUUACCCUCGACAACGUCAGACAUCAGCCCCGAAAACAGUUGAUACGACAAAAUAUUUGAUAGUAAGUUUCAGUUUUAGAACUUUUUCCGAGAAUUAUUAUUUAAGACGAGUUGUAUCUGGUAAUAUCAUUUUGCCUUUGGUGAAAGUAGUUGCGAUCAUUCUCACUUUUUAUA